AUGGUCUAAUAUUCUUUAAGUACAUUAAGUUCUCAAAGGCUUGUAAUUUAGAGUGAUUAUUGUCAAUUUUAAGUGACUAUUAUUACAAAGGGAGAAUUGAAUAAGUAAUAAACAGAACUGAAUUAAAAAAGAAUAUAAAUUAUCAAUAUCAUGAAAUUUUAUUGA